AUGGCUCUUCCGAGUGAAUAUGCAAAAAGAAAAUUAAAACUACAAAGAGAAGAGCAAGAAAAAAAGUUGGCUGGAUCGUUAAAUCGAUUUAUGGUACCAAAGGUGAUCUCAGAUACUACAACAGCAUCACCUAUAUAUAAUAAUGGUAAUACUGGUAUUACAAAAAAUGAAGAUAUUGAAUUGAAAACAAUUAAUACAAUUGAUUCCAUUGAAAAAGAAGAUGAAAUUGAUGAAAAUGAAACUAUGAAAUCUAGCAGACACUUUUCCAAAGACUAUUAUUAUAUGAUUAAUAAAGCCGGUGUUAAAGUACCUAGAAUGUGGCUGUGUUAUUCAUUAGUUUUAAAAAAAGUAUAUUGUGAGUCUUGUUGGUUGUUUGCGGAUCGAAAAAAUCAUAAACUUCAAUUAAAUUGGAUAAAUGGUAUAAAUGACUGGCAACAUUUAACCCAAAAAAUUAUCAAACAUGAAAACUGUACACAGCAUGUAGAAGCCACACAAUUGCGAAUCAUUUGGUUGAAAAAUGAAACUAUAGAUAAAAACUUGGAAAAGCAUAUAUCYGAAGAAGCAAAAUUCUGGAGAGAAGUUUUAAAACGRUUAAUAAAAAUAAUAUUAUGCCUUAACACAGGAAAUACUGCAUUGAGGGGAAAUGAAGGAAAAGCUAACAGUAAUUCUGAAGGCAAUUUUUUACGCACAUUGGAAGAUACAAAAGGAACUAUUGAAUUAUUGGCUGCUGAGUUAAGAAAAAAUAUAUGUGAAGAAAUAAAAAAGGCACAGUGUUUCUCAAUCAUAGUGGAUUCAACACAAGACAUAGCCAAAAUUGACCAGAUUUCUGUGAUACUGAGCCAAAGUGCUCCUAGAUGGGCAUCAUUAGCAUUUGGAGAUGAUAUAGCAAAUCAAAUACAAAAAAAAGUUGUAAAAAAMAUUUGUAAUACAAGAUGGGAAGCUAGACAUUCAUCUGUAUAUGCAUUAAAAGAAAAUUGUAUUAAUGUGUUGAAAUCKUUGACAAAUAUUUCACUAACUAGCAAAAAAAGUGAUGAAUUAAAUAGAGCAAAAUCUCUUUAA